AUGGAGGGCUUCCAUUUGCUCUUGCUCCUCGCAGUCUCUCUCGCUUUUGCUUUUUCUUAUGCAACUCCAAUAAAAGUGCUGGAGUUCUACUUCCACGACAAGGUCGAUCUAACCAAUCCCAGCAAUUCCACAGUGGUCUUCGUUGCAGGCCCAAAAAAUGCCCAGUUUGGAGCGGUGUUUGUCAUCGACGAUGUUCUCACCAAGGGCCCUUCCCGUGACUCCGAGAUUGUGGGGAGAGCCAAAGGGACGUACAUCAGCGACGAUUCCACCAACACCACAACCGGUUUGUUCUUAACAUUUGUGGCUGUGCUCAAGGAUGGGACGAUGAGCAUGCACGGCCAGGACAACAUCUUCGAUGAAGUCCGAGAGCUUGCAGUGAUUGGAGGCACCGGAGCCUACAGAUUUGCGUCGGGGUUUGCGCAGAUGAGGACCUACAAGUUUAUUCCACCGCUUUCGGCAAUCACUUUGCAAGUUGGUGGUCCUCCCUAUAAACUCCAAGCCCUAAAGAUAAGAUCUGAUGAAGAAGAACAAAGGGGAUCCUGGGAGGGGAUAUCCAGAAAGGUGGUAGGGAAUAGAAGCGUGCUGGAGCGGCGGCUGAACAGGCAAGAUCUGGAGGUGAAGCCUUUCUUCCCCCAAACUGAGAUGAUAGAGUUCAGGACGCGGCAUUAG